UAUCGAAAUAAACCUGCGAGGAAUAUGGCUUUAAACGGGGUUUAUAAAGGGUGUUCUCCCUUUGUAAAAAACUUAAUGUGUGCAGUGCUUGUCUGUUCGUCGAUGUUCUCAGUCUCUGUCGCCUGGUGUGCUGGUGGUGGAUGCUUAGGAGAAGGUUAUGUCUGUUGUAAUAGCGUUUGUAUCUACAGAUCCAGCUGUGUGGGUCUUUAUUGUUCAAGCUUUGACGGCUGCUCCUCUAGAGAGACUUGCUGCAACAGUAUUUGUGUGAAUGGAACAGACUGCAUUGGAAGAGGCUGUACGCUGGAAUCAGAUUGUGCUUCGAGUGAAGUAUGCUGUAGCGGGACUUGUAAAGCUGGCUAUGGUUGCAUUGGAUUGUCGUGCAAGACAAACGACGAUUGUUCAUCACCUUAUGAGUACUGUUGUGGAGGAACAUGUAGCUAUAACGUAGACUGUGAUUUCGCAUUUUGGAUCGUGCUUAGUUCAGUUCUCGGUGGUCUGUUUGUCAUUUUUAUACUCUUCAUGCUUGCUGUCUGCUUUUGUUGGCGUCGGAGAAGGUACCACGGAAGAGUUUUAGAAGGACAAAGACUACCAUCGGUUACAUCUGUGAGAGAGAGCAGCUUGUAUCCAUAUCUGCCGUCCUAUCAACAAGGUUAUCCGUACUAUCCACCACCACAAUACGUUCAGUAUCCGCCACACAAUGUUGAUUUAGCCAAGUCAAGUGGAGCACCUCCACCUUACAGCGGUACCUCUACCGAGGAGACAUCAGGGGUAGUCAACACACCUCAAGCAAACUAUGGUGCUAUAUCAAACAAAAUGGAAACAUCCGGAAAAAAAUUAGCACUCAGAAAAUUUAAGGGUUUAAACAGCACUAAUUUUCACGCGUGUAAAAACGCUGGCAUUACAAGCAUGGUUAAAUCAUCUUUCGCUUUUUUUGUCUUGGUUUUUCAUUCCUUUCUUGCUGUGAGUCAUUGUUGGUGUUCGUACCAGAGUGAAUGUCAAUCUAACUACACUUGUUGCAACCAUCAAUGUCAGUUCGGCUCUUCUUGUGUCGGAUGGAGUUGCACUUCUCAGUCAGACUGUGGCAGCGGGGAAAGUUGUUGCAGCAACUUAUGUAGAUAUGGCAGCGACUGCGAGGGGUCCUCCUGUAAUACCGACAACGAUUGUGGCUAUGGUGGGGAAAGUUGUUGCAGCAAUGUAUGUAGAUAUGAAAGUGACUGCUAUGGGCUCCCUUGUAAUACCGACAGCGACUGCCAUAAGUUUAAUCUCAACUGUUGUGAUGGAGCUUGUCAAUAUGACGACUGCGAUGACACUGCAGCAUUCUUCGGCUUAAUAUUUGGAUCACUAGUCAUACUUUUCAUGUUCCUCAUGUGCAUUUCCUUUGCUUUUCGUCGUCGAAGAGCGCUUGAUCUCGGAAGAGUAAUGGUUGGCCAAAGAGUGACAACGACCACUACAAUAAGAUCUGCGACACAGAGCAGCUCACCCUACCCCAGAGAGAACCCACCCGCUUACCAACAGGGUUACCCAUACCUCCCCCCUCCACAGUAUGAGCAGCAUCAAACAAACAGGCCUCCACCCUACAACCCUGAACCAAGCACAGCAAGUGAACAACCUCCCCCCUAUACUGGAGGACCACAUGGGGUUUCAAGUAGAAUUUACACUCCUCAACCAUCUUAUGGCUCUGUGCAAUUACCACCACCCGUUUAGUGACAUAACUAAUUGUUUUUUGUGUUGGAAUGGAUGAACUGGCAGUCGAAAUUCUAGAACCCCUAAAAUCCAUCAAAAGACUUUAUUUCCGUUUAACAUGUGACACAAAAUGUAUGUAUAUUUGACUUGCCGUAGACAUGGAAAAGAGUUAGUUCCAACUAUCAUACAACAAUCCUUCUCUAUAAAGUGUGUGGUCUAGUGUAGAUUAUGCUAGCUUUCCACUUAAAGUGCGUCACGUGUUUGUGAUUGGAAGGAUGUCAACCGCAGUGCUACCAAGGGAAGCGUAAGCGGCCCGUAUUUGUUUAACCUGUUCUUAAACGAUCUUGACGUCGCUCAGUGCUGUCAGGAUAGCGAUCUUAUUAAGUAUGCAGACGACACUUCCAUUGUUGUGACUGUGCGUAAGAAUAGUGUAGAUGAAUCACAAAAGGCACUGAAUGCAUUUUUUUUUGGAGUGGACGGAGGUUAAUGGUAUGAGUUGUAACACAAGCAAAUGUAAAGAACUCUGUAUGACUAAAAAAGAUGUUAUACAUAAAUUCCCGCCUCUAUGUGGCAUAGAACAGCAUGACAGUUUCACUCUAUUAGGUGUCACAUUACAAAACGACUGUAAGUUUUCAUAUCAUGUUAAGGGAAAGCUUUGGGAAGCUAACAAGUGUUUGUACAUUUUAAGAUCACUAAGAUAAGAGGGAUACACGCAAGUAGAGAUAGAUCAUCUCUUUAAGGCUAUUGUUUUGCCAAAGAUCGCUUACACACUUCCAGUAUACGGAGCCAGCCAGGCAGAUCUAAACACCGUAAAAUGCUUCUUAAAAAGGUGCAAUAAACGACGUUACACUUCUGAGUUAAUUAAUAUCUAUGACCUUUUAGAGAUAUGCGAUCACAGGUUGUUCACCAAAAUUAGGAACAAUGUUAACCAUCCAUUAUAUGCCCUUCUGUCCAAAGUCAAAGAGUCAUCCAAGACGUUAAGAUCACAAACAAGCCAACUGACCACGGAUUACUACUGAACGUUCUAAGAAUUGCUAUUUUAAUAGAAUAAGGUUUAAAUAAAACUUGGCUGAGUAACAUAAUAUAUCCUAUGUUUUAUUUGAUUUUACAUAAUUAUUGUAAAUGAUCUAUAUACCUUGACUCUCUGUAACGUUUGUCAUGCAUUUUAACGAGCGAAAUAAAGA